AUGAAGGGACGCUGGAGAUCAAAGGUAUGGUGGCCCCGUAUCGAUAAAGACGUAGAACAAUUAGUAAAGGCUUGUAAAUGUUGUACGUUAGUGGGUUUGCCAAACCCAACUGCACCAAUGAGGAGACGAGAGUUGCCUGCAGCUCCAUGGAUAGAUGUCACAAUGGAUCUAAUGGAACCAUUGCCAAGUAACGAGUAUCUGUUAGUAGUGGUCGACUACUAUAGUCGAUACAAAGAAGUAAACAAUUACAAAAACAUCACAAGCUUACAGAUUAUUAAAAUGGUAAAAGAAAUGUUCAGUAGACUUGGUUAUCCUAUUUCUAUCACCGCAGACAAUGGCAAGCAGUUCAUGAGUGAAGAGUUUCGAUCCUUCUGCAAAGAAUGUAACAUUAAGUUAUUUAGUACUGUACUAUAUUGGCCUCAAAUGAUCGGCGAAGUUGAAAGACAAAACAGAGAUAUUUUGAAACGUCUUCGUAUCAACCAGAUCGAGAGGAAGGAUUUAAAAGAAAUGUUUAUGGGAGUAUCUUUUAAUGUAUAA